AUGACUGACGUGGAGGAGUUCACCGCCCAUCUGAAGGACUCCAAAGGCAAUGUGAAGGCCGAGCUCGACCUAUUCAUCAGCAAGGGCGGCCUGAGGCUCAUCAAGACGGACGGUAAAAUCCUCGGAGCCUUCCCCUUGCAGCGAAUCCAGCAGUGGGGCAUCACCCAGCCCGACACGUUCAAGCUCUCGGUGCAGAACGGGGACAAGGUCGUGAGCUUGGUGAUUCACAGCGAGCCGAGCGAGGUGAGCGCGAUUAUCGACUGCCUGGAGCGAAAGGUGGCGCAGAUAAUCGAGGACGUCCGCGCUGAGGAGGAAGGCCGGCCGCCGCAGGACGUGAGCUCACCACCCCCGCGGGCGAGGACGCCCCGAUCGAGAGUGCCUGAACCAGAGCCCGAGCCCGAGCCCGAGCCCGAGCCCGACGAGGUCCGGGACAUGGAGCCGGUCCCCGACGACCUUCCCGAGUCGUACAGCGACGACGCGGAGGAGAUCGACGACGAGGAGAUCGAGCGCGACGUCCCCAGGCCGUUCACUUCUCCAGUCGUGCGGGAUGACUUGGACGAUUUGGACGACAUCGAGGAGAUCGAGCUGGAGGUUGGAGGGACCAAUCAACGGGACCCCGACGACGACCGCGCCCGAAACGCGCACACCGGUUACAGGGUCCCGGACUUGUUCGACGACUCGGACGACGACGUGCAGGUGGAGGUCCUGGACGACGCCGGCGGGUCCUCACCGAGAAAGGGCACGAUGGGUCGGGCGUCGGGCGGCGGCGGCCGGGGCGGACCGUCGGCGAACUGGUUCGCAUCCCCCGCGGGAAAAGUGACGGCCGAGGAGGCGGAGGACGACGAGGAAGAGGAGAUGAUGCGGUCGAUGAUGGCGACGAGAAACGGCCAGGCUUCAACGACGACGAACGCCGGCGACGACGCGACGCGCGACAACGCCAACAGGCUCAGACCGCUCGGACCCGCCCGUCCUCGACCCGGCGCGCUGGCGCCCCUCGCCUCGCUGAGCGGCAGGCUGUCCAACCCGGCGUCACCCGCGCGCCGGCCCAUGCCCUUGAGUGCCCCCGUGAACGACGAGCAAGAGGCGGACGACGACGAGUUAAACGACGCCGACGCGGUGCGUCCCGCGAGCCCGCCGACGUCCACGCUUUCACCUUCGCCGCCGUCUUCGCCGCCGCGGCCGACGAGCAAGAGGACUCCCGCGGUAACAACGGGGCACUCGCCGGAGAGCCGAGCCGCCGCGUCCGUCGCGGCUGCCGCGGCGAGGGAGAUUGGGGAACUACGCGCCCGCGUCGAGGAGUUGGAAGAGACGGAGCGCGAACUGUCGAAGGCUAGGUUCCUGGCCAAGGGGGACGCGGACGCGAGGGUCGACGCGGAGAGGCGAGCCGACGCCGCCGAGGCUCGACUCGCAACCGCGGAGGACAAACUCGCGCGAGCCGAGUCGACGGCUGCGCAGGCGGAGUCGAGGGCGAACGAGGCGAAGGCGCAGGCGGAGGCUAUGAAGAAAGAGGCGGUGGCCGACAGCGCGGGUGUCGAGGAGGCUUUGGAACGCGAGCUGGCGACGGCGACGUCGCGAGCGACCGAGUUGGAACGCGAGUUGGAGUCCGCGAGGGGCGCCGCGAGGGCGGCGGAGGACCGGGCGCGCACCGCCGAGACCAGGGCAGAGACGUCCGACGCGCGAAGGGAGGCGGCGGAGGAGGUGGCGGCGGAGGCCAAGGAGGCUGCGGCGGAGGCCAAGGAGGCUGCGGCGGUGGCCAAGGAGGCUGCGGCGGUGGCAGAGGCAAACUUUGCCGAUUUAUCCGACGCCGUCGCGACGCGGGAGGCUGAAAUUACCUCGCUCAAGUCGUCAAUCGCGUCGAGCGGCGAGGCGUCGACGCGCGCGGCGCGGCUGGAGACAUCGCUUCAGCAGGAGAAGGAUGCCCGCGCCUCCGUCGAGCGGAAGCUAGCCGCCGCGGAGGCUCAACUGGCGGAGAUCCGGGGGAGCUUGGCGGAGGCUGACUCGGCAAGGGUGACCGCCGCGAAUGACGCAGCCGCCGCGGGCGACCGAGCCAUGGCCGCCACGCGCGAGGCAGACGAGGCCAAGGCACGCGCAAUCGACGCGGAGGCCAAGCUCAAGGACGCGGAGGUGACGAGGGACGAAUCGAUCCGGGGGAGGGAGGAGGCUGACGAGAGGGCCGCCGCCGCGGAGGCUGCAGCGAAGGAGGCUGACGAGAGGGCCGCCGCCGCCGAGGCUCGCGCCGCCGCCGCGGAGACCUCGCUGAAGGAGAGGGAGGCGGCGCACGCCGAGAACGCCGUGCCCGGGACGGCGACGGAGAUUGCCGAGCUCAUCGACGACCUCAGGCGAAGGGCCAACGAGGCUGAGCUCGCGCGGAUCGAGGCGACCAAACGAGCGGAAUCCGCCGAGGCUCAGAUCGCCGCCGCGGCUGAGAGGGCGUCCAAGGCUGAGAACCUCGCCAACCAGGUGGACGAGGCUGCGGCGAAGGCGUUGGAGCGCGCGGACGCGGCCGAAUCGGCCGUGCACGAGAAGGAGAGGGCCACCAGCGAGAUACUCUCCGCGAUGGAGGGGGUUUCGGAGCGGGACAUGGCGGCUGUGGCCCGAGCCGAGGCUGAGCGAGCGGCUGCCGCGGAGACGCGGGUGAGGGCUCUGGAGCAGAGGCUCGCGGUCGCGGCCGAAUCUCGCGCGGAGCUGUCCAAGUUGCUCGCCGAGGCCAAGGCUGAGUGCGCGGAGCACAGGGGCGCGGCGGCGGCGGCGACGGAUGCGCUCGAGGAGGCGUUUGCGUCGGCUCGAGCGGUGGCACAGCGGGAGGCGUCGGCGAGGGAGGCUCAGGCGAUUGCGGAGGCGCGACUGGCCGCGGCGGGAGCCGAGACGGCGGCGGCGGAGGAACGAGCCGCGCGAGCCGACGACCUCGAGAUCCGCGCGCAGACCGCAGAGGCUCGUUUGGAGACGCAGGCUCGCGAGGGGGCGAGGGCGGUGGCGCGCGCGCAGGCUGAGGCGAGCGAGUGGCGAGCCAAGGCUCAGCUUCGUGAGAGGGAGCUGGAGGCUGUGCGGGCGUCCGCGGACACCGCCGCGAGCCUCGCGUCCACCUACGUCGUCACGUCCUCGGCGUCCAAGCGCGAACACGCCCGGGGAACCUCCGAGGCACGCGACGAGAACGAGAACGCGUACGGACUGCCCCCGCCGCUGCCGCCCUCCGUGCUCUCCGCAAAGAAUUCCCCCGCCAAAAAGUUCCACAACAUGACCUCGCCCUACGCCAGGCAGUACCACGAUUUCUCAACGGAACGCGGCGCGGGGGGUGCCAGGCCGACACCCGCGCUGCUGACCGCCGACUUUCUGGAUUCGCUGGGCUCGAGGCUCUCAUCCGUGCGGGAGCUGUUGGCGUCGGAUCAGGUGCGGGUGGUUCAGAAAGGUAAACCAUAA